CUCUCCUCUACACGCACACAUUCUCCCAUUCUACGCACCAUGUCACCUGAUACCGCCAAGGACGCUUUAAACAUUACAUUUGAGCGAGCAUGUACCAACGGUGACCUGCAAGAAGUCCAGAGAGCCCUUGCCAGCGGGGAACUUUCUGCCGAUGAACUUGACACAGGGCUUCAACUCGCUACCCUUGAAGCUCACCCACACAUCGUGGCCGCACUCUUCGAUGCCGGCGUGCCUAUGACACCUGGUGCGGUAGGUUCCCUCUGCGGGAAGGAUGGCGGCCAGCAGGAUCCGCGGGUCAUUCGACUCUUCUUCGAUCGUGGCCUGAAACCGAAGAAAUGCACCACACCCGGAGGCGAGCCUCUUCUACGCUUUUGCAAUUCAGACUGUGCUCGCGAAUUACUCGAGCGAGGCGUGGACCCCAACCGCUGCGGCCCGAGGAAAGUAAGCCCUUUCGUUAGCGCUCUCGGUAAAGUUCACGAGGACGGCGGAGCCGUGUUUGAUCUGCUUGUGGAGUACGGGGCGAAGCUGGACGCCGGGCUCUUCUUCAAUGCUCUGGUUUGGGGCACGAAUUCGGCGAGCAAGACUCGAUUCCUGCUGUCGAGGGGUCUCAAUCCGAAUGCGACGACCUCCGCGGAAUGGGGCACGCCUUUGCAUGCGGCGGUCCUAUUCGAGCAUGAGGAGGCUAUCGAAGCUCUACUGGCUGCUGGCGCAGAUCCAACGGCUCGAUCGGAGUGCGCAAGAUUUGGUGAUCGAAGCCCCACGGAGCUUGCCGAAUCGCGGUUACAAAGAUGUUCUGAUAGCUCUGGCAUGAAAGAUACAUAUCAGCGGAUACUCACACUCCUUACCGAUGCACAAGGCGGUCGUACUCUUUCGGCGGCGAAGUGGGGGAUUAGGACGCAGCACACUACCGUCACGAACAGGUCGCAGAUUUCGGAAGAUGCCGAGGCGGGUUUGAUGGCUUAUAGAGCACGGGUGGUGAGAGCACCGGCUAGGAAAACCAAGGUUGCCCCGAAGAAAGAGCAGAAAGAUACCGCGAAUGAUGGCAGUGUUAGCAGCCGAACACGGAGUCGAACUAAGUCAACUUCCUGA